GCGCGGCGGUUGGCCCCGCGAGGGAAGGGAAGGGAAGGGACUGGACGGGACGGCGCAUGGACUGGGAGGCCGGCCUGAGGGGAAAGACGACGUCCGGGCUUCGGAAAGCCGGCGGAGGGAGCAGCUCGGAGGCCGCGGUGAAGACUGGUGACCGGUACCAGAGUUAUCCCAUGCAUUAACCAUGUCCAGGAGGAAAUCAGAAAGCAAAAUCCCUCCGGGCUUGCUGCCUGCGCCUCUUCACACGCACAUAAAGACGGACAACUUCCACAAUUUCUAUGAAGUUGAGCCCAGAGAGUUGGGGAGAGGAAAAUUUGCUGUGGUUAGAAAAUGCGUUGCAAAAUCUACUGGCCAGGAAUUUGCAGCAAAGUUCCUGAAGAAGAGGAGGAGAGGCCAAGACUGCAAAGCAGAAAUCCUUCAUGAAAUCGCCGUGCUUGAACUUAUGAAGGCCAGCGCUCGUGUCAUCAACCUCCAUGAAGUCUAUGAAACGACACAUGAAGUCAUCUUAGUGUUGGAAUAUGCGGCUGGAGGAGAGAUUUUUAACUUAUGUCUCCCUGACUUAGAAGAAACCAUUGAUGAAACCGAUAUUAUUAGGCUUGUGCAACAAAUCCUGGAAGGCGUGAAUCACCUGCACCAGAACAAUAUUGUGCAUCUUGAUUUAAAGCCUCAGAAUAUUUUGUUGAGUAGUAUACGUCCGCUUGGCGAUAUAAAAAUAGUUGAUUUUGGCAUUUCUCGGAAGAUUGGCAAUUGCGCUGAACUCUGCGAAAUCAUUGGAACCCCCGAAUAUCAAGCACCAGAAAUCUUAAGUUAUGAACCUAUUACUACAGCGACUGAUCUAUGGAACGUAGGCGUAAUCGCAUACAUGCUGCUCACGCACGAGUCACCUUUUGUGGGAGCGGACAUCCAAGAAACGUACCUCAAUAUUUCUCAAGUGAAUGUGGAUUAUUCCGAAGACACUUUUGCCUCCGUUUCCCUGCUGGCCAAAGACUUCGUUCAGAAGCUGCUAGUGAAAAAUCCCGAGGAGCGACUCACGGCGGAGGCCUCUCUCUCUCACUCGUGGCUCCAGCAAGGAAACUUCCUACUGUACAGCCCCGAAGAAGCCCCCAACUCUCCGACGCCCGACCCGAUGAGCAAGUGCACCGAGGAGAGGAACAACAACAGGCCGCCAGGCAGUGCGUCGUGCAGCGGGCGAAAAGAGAAGGAGGACCUCCCGGAAGACAGCAGCACGCUCUCCAAACGAUUCCGCUUUGACGAUUCUUUGCAUUACCCCCAGGAAUUCACAACGGAUUUUGUAUGUUAACCCUUGCACUCCCGCCAAGCGGUUCGGACCGAAUUUAGGGUUCUGGUCUCCUCCAGCGCGACAGGGCCACAGUCUGCCACGCCUGCGUCGUGUUUUGUACUGGAAAUGCACUUUCCGUUGCUUGGUUGUGUUCACUUUUCUCCUGGGCUGCCAUUGCUGGCAGUGGGUUUGGCUCUGGGAAGCCGGCGUCUUGGCGCCUGGAGCGGCUCGUCUGCGGAGUCCCAACAGGUAACAGUAUAUUUGCACUUCUUACGUUUUUGGUCCCCCAACGUGGCUUUUUUGGUGUGUUUCUAAAUAAAGUUGGCAAUCUGAGAAAA